GCCUUAUCCCAUGUUCUAACUCAGCAUAAAGGCUCACUUCAGAUAACAGAGAAGCAUUUUAUAACACGAGGUUUGCACUCAGCAAAGGUACAGUAGUUCCACUCCUACUGGCAGCUGCUCAGUCAGUCAUGGCUCUCCUGUCUGAACUCACACCCAUCCUCGCUCUGGUCCUGUGCGUCGUGGCCGGCUUUUUGUUUCUGAAAUCUCGGACACCAGAGACCAGUCCGAGAGUAGCAGGGCAAACCAAGGGGCCCACAAAAAAGGAGUUCAGACCCUGGGUGGAUCAGGACUUGCAGGAUGACACAGAAAUAACAAGAGGAGAUGACGAUGAAUGGGUGGAGAACAACAAAGAGGAAGAGCUUGCACAUGUUCCCUAUUCACCACAGCGCUACUCGGAGGAGACCAUGCUGCAGAGGUCCAAGGAUUUUUACUCCUUGAUGAACCAGAGGAGAUCUGUCAGAUUCAUCAGCCCCGAGCCAGUCCCACAAGAAGUCAUCGAUAGGGUCAUCCUCACUGCAGGGACAGCGCCAAGUGGUGCUCACACAGAGCCCUGGACAUUUGUUGUAGUGUCAGAUCUGGACACAAAGCACAAGAUCAGACUUAUUGUGGAAGAAGAAGAGGAGGUGAACUACCGCCAGAGGAUGGGAGAUAAGUGGGUCCAUGAUUUGGCCAGGCUAAGGACAAACUGGAUUAAGGAAUAUUUGGAUGUUGCUCCAUACUUGAUUCUCAUUUUUAAACAGACUUAUGGGAUUCUACCAAAUGGAAAGAAAAAGACCCAUUAUUACAAUGAAAUCAGUGUCUCUAUAUCUUGUGGAAUCCUCCUGGCUGCUUUGCAGAAUGUGGGCCUAGUAACCGUCACAACGACGCCCCUAAACUGUGGCCCUCAGCUCAGGCUCCUCCUCAAGCGGCCGGUCAACGAGAAGCUGCUGAUGCUGCUUCCUGUGGGCUAUCCUGCAGCGGACGCCACUGUGCCAGAUUUGAAACGGAAAAAUCUGGAGGAGAUCCUGGUGGCCACCGGAACAAAUCAGAGAAUACAAAAUGUGGAAAAGUGUUCAAAUGUCUUUUGAAGAACAAAUGCUUUUAAAAUUUUAAAACUACUUAUGGCUGCAAAGAAAAAAUAAAAUUGGUUUUAGUUGGUAUUUUUUUGUAUCCUCAGUAGUUUAAAUGGCACAAAAAAGUGUAUUAAUGUUGAUGUAUAUUCUCCACUCAAGAAUACUGUCAGUCAUCUAUGUAGGAAACUAUAUGGUAUUGCUCUUCUAUUUUGUUUUUUUAAUAAAGCAGUAAGUGAAAAGUGUGAAUCCUGAUAUUUUUGUUGUAUUCCCAAUUUUUGCUCAUUAAAUUUGUCCUUAAAACAAUAAUACAGUUGUAUGUUCAGUAGGUAUAACACUUAACCCUGUGAUUCUUAAGACAUCGGCUAAUGGUUCUGUUUUCUAAACCAUUACUGCUUGCUCAUUUGAAACCACAUGUCAAGGCAAUACUGUGGUAAAAUGAAAUAAAUGUUUAAUACUGCUGCCAAAGACUACCAAAGUGUGGGUUGAAAAGAUAAAUUGGUGUUGGCUCACUAAACAUGUAAUAUUUGGGUUGAAAUAAAUAAUUAUUUUCCAUCCA